CUCCACCCGACCCCACCGGAGUACUACCAGAAUCAACGUUGCACCCGUAACACGCACCCGCUAGGGCACUCGGGGCCCCUUCGGUGCAAUGAGAGAGCGAAGCGAGGCAAAUGCGACCCUUCCACGGUCCACGUGCUCGGAAAACAGACCCUCCGGAGUGGAGAUGUUGGGUUGCGGAGGUCCAAGUCCGGGGACUCCGCAGUAAGCUUGAGCUCGAUUAGGCUAAUCUCACCCUUCCCAUGAAUUACCAGGGAAUACCAGUGAAUACCAGUGAAUACCACUGGAUACCACUGGAUACCAGCAAUUACCAACACAAGCGGUGUAUCACAGCUAUAAAGAUCUGAGAUCCCCCAAGAUCCCCCCAGAUCUCCCUCCCUCCCCCACUCCUCUCUUUCUCUCUUUCAUCCACCCCUUUUCUCUCCGAGAUCGUCAAUAUGACUAGCGACAACCCAGAGAAGGAAACCUCGGCGAUGGAGGUCGAGGACCAGCCCACCUCCAAGGACGAGCCUGUCUACGAUGCCAGCGAGAAGGUCGACUACGACCGAGCCGGCGCCAUCGGUGCGGAGGAGGUCGAGCAUCGCAUGACGGUGCUCGAGGCUGUCAAGGCGUAUCCCGCUGCCAGCGCGUGGGCCUUCGUCAUGUCAUGCACCAUUAUCAUGGAGUCCUACUGUGUUUUCCUGAUGGGACAGUUUAUCGCGACACAGAAGUUUGCCGACGAUUUCGGUGUCAAGAGCGACGUCACAGGUCUUUAUAUCAUCGAGGCGUCAUGGCAGUCAGCCUUCCAGUGUAGCGGACCACUGGGCGCCUUCAUCGGGGUCUUUGUGGCAGGACCCAUCACAAGUUGGAUUGGAUAUCGCUGGGCAACCAUCGGCGGGCUCAUGGCCCUGAACGCCUUCAUCUUCAUCUUCUAUUUCGGCAACAGCCAGGGCAUGUUCUUCGCCGCCCAGAUCCUGGAAGGCAUCCCGUGGGGCAUCUUCAUCGCCAAUGCACCCGCCUACUGCGCCGAGAUCGUGCCCAUGAGAUUGCGCGCGCCCGCGACGCAGAUGCUGCAGAUGUUCUGGGCCAUUGGCUCCAUCAUCGUCGGCGGUAUCACCUACCACUACCAAUCCAAGAAUGACUCCUCGGCCUACAGAGUUCCCAUUGCACUUCAGUGGAUGUUUCCCACUCCUCUCGCUAUCCUCCUCUACUUUGCCCCGGAAUCGCCCUGGUGGCUCGUCCGCCAGGGCCGUCUGGCCGAUGCCGAGAAGGCGGUCAAGCGUCUUGGUCGCGCGAGCGUAGAGGAGAACCCCGCGGACGCAGUCGCCAUGAUGCGUCGCACGAUCGAGCUGGAGAAGACUGUCAAGAAGCCCACUCUCGUGGAACUGGUCCGGGGCACCGAUCUCUAUCGCACCCUGAUUGUCUGCGGUGUGUACGCAUCUCAGAAUCUAACAGGCAACCUGAUUGCGAACCAAGCCGUGUACUUCUUCAAACAGGCCGGCAUGGGCGAAACCACCGCAUUUGCCCUGGGACUCAUCACCUCGGCCCUCCAGUUGAUCAUGGUCAUGCUCUCAUGGAUCCUGACCACCUACCUCGGCCGGCGCACCAUCUAUGUCUACGGCCAAUCGAUCAACUGUAUCUUCCUGGUCGCGCUCGGCAUUGCAGGCUCCUGUGGCGUGAGUACGGCGGCGAGCAACGCGCAAGCCUCCCUGGGCUUGAUUGUCUCCGUGCUGUUCUGCCUGGGGCCCGCCCCGUCCUCGUGGGUCAUCAUCGGCGAGACCUCGUCCGUUCGCCUGCGGCCCCUGACCACCGGUGUGGGACGCGGCGCCUACUACUUCAUCAAUAUCCCCUGCAUCUUCCUGUCCAGCUACAUGCUCAACACGGACAAGUGGAACCUGGGCGCCAAGAGCGGCUACGUCUGGGCCGGCACUGCCUUCAUCUGCACCGCCAUGGCCUGGCAGUGGAUUCCCGAGAUGAAGGACCGGUCCUUCCGCGAGAUCGACAUUCUGUUCAAGCGUCGCGUCCCGGCGCGCAAGUGGAAGCGUACGGUCGUGGAUAUCCGCGACGAUGAGUAGACGGAAAUUGGGGUUCGGAGGGGUGCUGCCUGGGUGGCGCGUAUUCAAUCUAAUUCGAUGGAGACGUUAUCUAGCUGGAGAGCCAGGCUAUUGUAUCUAGCUAUGUGAUACUGCAUAAUCAAGUCAAC